AUGGCAACUCAACCACAUACCGCGACACCAGGGUAUGGGUCAAACGCCACAUACAUAUAUGAGUACUCAAGGGGAUUGGGUGGCGUGGACGUACCUCGCGAUGUGAUCAUCACUCGGAUCAUCUAUGUUUCCCUGAGCGCGGUGGCAUUCGCAUUGUUCUGUGGCCGAAUAGCCCAGAUCAGCCAUGCCUAUCUACGCCAAAUUACCGCAUCUGGUGCAAACAAGCGCCAGCAGACCUUCUGGGCCCAGGAACAAUCAUCCUGGUGGUCAAACCUCAAGAAGCACAUCCUAUACGCCCCAUUAGGAAAGAAGAGACACAACCGAGAAUUACAACUCUCUUCCGCUGUCAAUGUCGGCACCUUGCCCUCUCGACUGCAGACUAUCUUGGUCGCACUAUACUUCGCCAGCCAGGUCACAUACUGCGUCUACCUGGACUAUAGUGUCAACCACAAGGCAGCCCUAGUGGCCGAGCUGCGCGGCCGAUCUGGGACGCUGGCUGUCCUCAACAUGAUCCCGCUCUUCCUCCUCGCUAGCCGAAACAACCCUUUGAUCCCUCUCCUCCACAUCAGCUUCGACACAUACAACCUCCUCCACCGCUGGCUGGGCCGCAUCGUCGUUAUCGAAUCAGUCGUACACACAAUCGCAUGGGCUGUCAACGCCGUUGACGAGGAAGACUUCACUCGCAUGUUAGCCCGUCUACGCGAAACCCCCUUCUUCACCUGGGGCCUGGUAGGCACGGCCGCAAUGGUUUUCCUUAGCCUGCACUCCCCCUCACCCAUCCGCCACGCCUUCUACGAGACCUUCCUACACCUGCACCAGCUCGCCGCCGUUCUCGCCUUCCUCGGCGUAUACCUGCACCUACAGAUCGAUAAUCUCCCACAGCAAAGCUGGGCGCGAACGAUCGCCGCAAUCUGGAUAGGCGACAGACUCGCACGCCUCUUCCGUCUCAUCCACCUCAACUUCUCAAUGUCUGGCACAACAACAAUGGUCGUCCAAGCCCUCCCAGGCGAAGCCUGCCGCGUAACCUUCCACCUCCCAAAGCUCGUCCAAAUCGAACCAGGCUGUCACGUCUUCGCCUACAUCCCCAGCAUAUCCUGGUGGAUGUCUCACCCUUUCUCGAUAGCCUGGGCUGAACCCAGCACAAGCAACACAGCAACACUCCUCCCCAACUCAACCCAACCCUCAACGAAGGGCCCAUACAUCGACAUAGAAAAACAAUCCGAUCUCCCUGCCAAACCAACAAAGCCGACAACCCAAGUCUCCCUCAUAAUAGGUGCCCAAAAGGGCAUGACCCGCCGCCUCUACAACCUCGCAAACGCAUCCCCCUCACAAUCCCUCACCCUAUCAGGCUUCAUCGAAGGUCCCUACGGCUCGAAUCCAACAAACCCCUCCAGUUACGGCACGACAGUCCUCUUCAGCGCCGGCGCAGGAAUAACCCACCACCUCCUCCAAACCCACGCACUCGUCACACAAGCCGCACAGAACACCGCCGCAACGCGAAAGGUAUACCUGAUAUGGUCCGUCCGCUCUACAGACCACCUCUCCUGGGUAAGCAGCUACAUGGACCAGAUCCUGCGACUGCCCAAUCGACGGGAUAUCCUCGUUGUUAAACUUUUCGUCUCGAAGCCGCGUCGCGCCGCAGAUAUCGUUAGUCCUUCUGCGACGGUGCUUAUGCAUUCCGGUCGAUGCAGGCCUGAUGUUGUUCUUGAUGAGAUCUUGCCCGGCAGGACGGGUGCGACGCUUGUUAGUGUUUGUGGGCCUGGGGCUUUUGCAGAUGAGGUUAGGUCUGCGGCUAGAGAUAGGAUUGGGAAGGGGGCUGUGGUUGAUUUUGUUGAGGAGGCUUUUACGUGGUGA